UUUGACUGUUCGUUGCUGCGGUCCAUUUUUCAGCGUUUUCGUGUCGCGUGCUUUGGUCCAUUUAUAUUUGGUAUUCCAGUGACUUUUAAUAUGUUUCGUAAAACAUGUACUUUAUCUAAUUAAGUGUAAAUUUAACACAGUGCCAUACAAAUAAAAUUUGAUUUUCGCUAUGCCUUCAACUUGUGUUUUCGAAUUCGAUCGACCCAAUCCGGUUUAUUACAGCGGCGAGACAAUCAAUGGGCGCGUCAAUUUUACAACGACGAGCAACAAGUCUGUCAAUGCUGUUUAUAUCUUGUUCGAGGGAGCGGCGAAGGUGCGUUGGGAGGAGCAUCGCACUCGAACUGUUAACGGUAAAUCACAGUCAUAUACGGAAUAUUUUCGUGGCGAUGAACAAUAUUUGUACACACGGACCGAUGUGUUUGGCGAGGGCGAAUUGCCAGCUGGCACGCACACCUAUACCUUCUGCAUACCCCUUCCUCUGGAAUGUCCUACGUCGUGCGUGGAGAAGUAUGGCAAGAUCGCCUACGAGGUAUCACUCGUGGUCGAUCGCUCCUGGCGUUUAAACAACGAGUUCAAGCAGCCCCUCACCGUGCUGCAGACCUACAAUCUCAACAUGUAUCCCGAGAUGCUAGUUCCACUCAAGAGCGAAGACAUCAAGUACUUUUGCUGCUGGCCCUGUUCCUCGGGUCCGGUCAUCUCAACUCUAACCAUGCCCUUUGGCGGGUAUGCGCCAGGUCAGCGUAUACACUAUGUCCUGCAUAUAGAUAAUCAGUCACACGGCUACGAUUUGGAAGGCGUCGAAGUAUCCUUGAUUCAGAUCUAUGAAUUCAGGGCUAGCACGCCCACUUAUAAAUCCAAAACACAUAAAAACACUCUCAGCUCGGAGUAUCAGGCGGAGCGUGUGCGACGUUUGUCCAAGCGCUUAAUUAAUGCCAGCCUCGUAAUACCUCCUGUUCCGCCUUCUUCCCGGAAUCAGCGCAUCAUCAACGUGUCCUACCAGAUUGAAAUGGCCAUUAAAACGGGAGACUGUCACACAGACUCGGAAAUCGAGACGCCCAUUAUAAUUGGCACCAUCCCCCUGGCUCAGAGUGCCGAAAACCCGAACAAUGUCGCCACUUGGAUACCCCAGACGCCAGAUACGCCUGCAGGUGCUGCCGCCGAUCUGCCACCAAGCUACGACACUUGCAAGCCUCCCUCAUUUGAGCAGGCCACGAAUAUAACAGACAAAUUUGUGGAUACGGAUGUGAAUGAGCACAAUCGCACCGAUGACUUUAUACCUUGCUAUCCCAUGUACACCGACUUCGCGAUGCCCUCGGCUCCGCCUGCGAUUGCAUUGCAACUACCCACUGCACCUCCCAGAGAGUAAAGCAACCAAGAGU